GUUUUUAGAUGAAACACCUACUUGCAUCCAUCUUUAAUAUGGAUGCUUUAUACUUUUAAACUAAUAAUAUUCUUCUUGCUAUCCAGGUUCUCCAUAGCCUUCUUCCCACCAAAACAAAACAAAACAUAUUUGCAUCUCCUGCUUCUUCUAUGUGCCCAAAAGAACAAAAAUGCUUCUCCAAACUGUGGUCCUCUUUCUUGCAAUCACCCUCUCUUCUUCAUAUGACACUGGCUUCAACUACUCAAGCUUCCAUGGAGCAAACUUGAACUUAACAGGUGUGUCAGAGGUCAUACCUAGUGGAGCCUUACAGCUAACCAAUAAUUCUCAACCAGUGAUAGGUCAUGCUUUCUACCCCAACCUCUUGCAAUUCAAGAAUUCCUCAAAAGGAAAUGCUUUCUCUUUCUCCACAGCUUUUGUGUUUGCUAUCACCCGUCCCAUUGUCUCCCCUGGCUCUGGCUUUGCCUUUGUAAUCUCUCCUUCUACUCAAUUUGAAGGAGCCAAUUCGACACAGUACCUCGGACUCUUCAACCUCACAGGCAACGGUGACCCUGAAAACCAAGUUUUUGCAGUGGAAUUCGACACCACCCAGAACAUCGACGUUGGCGACAUUGAUGGCAACCAUGUUGGCAUCGACCUCAAUAGCGUGAGGUCGAAUGUAUCAGCUUCUGCAGCCUAUUACCUCACAGAGGAUCAUAAGAUCACCAAACAUAAUCUAAGUCUCAAGAGUGAAGACCCAAUUCAGGUAUGGAUAGAAUAUGAUGGCACAGAGAAGUUACUCAAUAUAACUCUGUCUCCUAUCAGAAUACCCGGAAGGACUGGCCCACCUUUGAUUUCUUCCAGGGUUGAUCUCUCCCCGAUCCUGCAGAAGUACAUGUAUGUCGGUUUCUCUGCAAGCACAGGCAUCGUGGCAAGCUACCAAUACAUUCUUGGAUGGAGCUUCAUGAUAAAUGGCAGAGCUCAAAAUUUGGACAGCUCUGAUCUCCCUUGGUACCCGAGAUCCAAAUCAAUUAAAGGCCUUUCCAUGGUUUCUAAGAUUGGGAUCUCCCUGUCUUCAAUAAUCCUUGCCAUCGCAGCCAUUUCUGUGAUCCUAUACCUUGUUUGGAAGCGAACAGAUGGGGAAAUUGCGGAAGACUGGGAAUUGGCAAAUGGCCCCCAUAGGUUCUCAUACAAGGAAAUCUUUAUGGCUACGAAAGGUUUCCAUGAGGAAGAGUUAAUAGGAUUCGGAGGAUUUGGCAAGGUUUACAAAGGUGUCAUGCGGGACUCUGGUCUGCAAGUUGCGGUGAAGCAAGUUGCUCAUGAAUCGGAGGAAAGGGUGCGAGAAUUUGUGGCAGAGAUCUCAAGCAUCGGCAAACUACAACACCGGAACCUGGUACGACUUAUCGGAUGGUGCAAACAAAAAACCAAGCUCAUAAUAAUUUAUGAGUACAUGCCCCACGGUAGUCUCGACAAGUACCUGUUCCAUGAAGAUGGGCCACCCCUAAGCUGGAAGCAGAGGCAUAAAAUCCUUAAGGGUGUUGCUUCUGCACUAUUGUACCUACAUGAGCAAUGGGAGCAAGUAGUUAUACACAGAGAUGUGAAAGCCAGCAACGUGUUGCUAGAUGCGGAGAUGAAUGCUCGGUUAGGGGACUUCGGAUUAGCACGGUUAUACGAGCAUGGAUCAAACUCGCAAACAACUCGUGUUGUGGGGACAAUUGGGUAUCUGGCACCUGAGAUGUCCCUUACUGGCAAAGCCACCACUGAGACUGAUGUCUUCGCUUAUGGUGCUGUUUUAUUAGAGGUGGCUUCCGGGCGUAGGCCAAUUUCGCCACAGAGAUUGCAGAAACAGGUCAUUCUGGUGGAUUGGGUGUGGGAGUGCUUCAAGAACGGAAAGCUUUUGGAUGUUGCUGACCCUAGGCUUGAAGGUUGCUUUGAAAUUGAAGAGAUGACAAUGGUAUUAUGGCUAGGGUUGUGGUGCUCUCAUCCAGUGCCUGAUGCCAGACCAAGUAUGAGGCAAGUGUACCAAUAUUUGAAUCGUGAUGUCCCAUUCCCUGAGAUUUCGGCCACCAAAUUGGCUGCACCAGGGAUGGAAAACUUCCAUUAUUUGGCCCCGCACGCAUCUUCCCACACUGAACUCUCGAUCUGCUCUGCAGGCACAGAAAUUCUGUUAUCUGGUGGUCGUUGAUACACCAUUUUUAUCGACUUAGAUUUACUCUUUGCUUUCCUGUCAGUUGUUUUUAUCAUUACAAUAUGUAUAGCAGAAAUAUUCAUGAGACUUCAGAGGAAGUUCGUAAGAAUCGACUGCUGGACUGCAAUGCCAGCAUAACUAAACUCUGAGAGUAGAAGGGGUUGCUCUGUUCUAUAAGCAUUAGCAUUUGCAUUGGAAAUAGUCUAAUUUUGUGUGUGUA